CGUCCUCUCCGCCUUCCCCGCCCGGCCUGGAUGGGCGGCCCUGCCCGCUAGGUGGGGUGGGGCUGAGCCGCUGAGGCGGGGCUACAAAGCGGAGGAGCCGCAGAGGCUGCAGACCGGUGCCGGCCCCGCCCCUCCUCCGUCCGCAGCUCCGCCCGCCGCCCCGGCAUGGCGUGGGGGCUGCCCAGUGCCGCGGGCCUGGCGCGCCUCUGCCAGAAGCUGAACCGGCUGAAGCGCCUGGAGGACACCACGAUGGAGACGUCGCUGAGGCGCUGCCUGUCCACGCUGGACCUGGCGCUGCUGGGCAUCGGGGGCAUGGUGGGCUCGGGGCUGUACGUGCUCACGGGCACGGUGGCCAAGGAGCUGACGGGCCCCGCGGUGCUGGUCUCCUUCGCCCUGGCCGCCGUGGCCUCGCUGCUGGCCGCGCUGUGCUACGCCGAGUUCGGGGCCCGCGUGCCCCGCACGGGCUCGGCCUACAUGUUCACCUACGUGAGCAUGGGCGAGUUCUGGGCCUUCCUCAUCGGCUGGAACGUGCUCCUGGAGUACAUGAUCGGCGGCGCCGCCGUGGCCCGCGCCUGGAGCGGCUACCUGGACUCCGUCUUCAGCCACCGGAUCCGCAACUUCACGGAGAGCCACGUGGAGGAGUGGCAGGUGCCCUUCCUGGCGCGCUACCCCGACUUCCUGGCCGCGGGCAUCCUGCUGCUGGCCGCCGCCUUCGUGUCCUGCGGCGCCCGCGUCUCCUCCUGGCUCAACCACAUCUUCUCCGCGCUCAGCCUGGGGGUCAUCGUCUUCAUCGUGGUCCUGGGCCUCGUGCUGGCGCGGCCCGAGAACUGGAGCGCGCGGGAGGGCGGCUUCGCCCCCUUCGGCGUCUCGGGCAUCCUGGCGGGCACCGCCACCUGCUUCUACGCCUUCGUGGGCUUCGACGUCAUCGCGGCCUCCAGCGAGGAGGCCCGGAACCCCAAGCGCUCGGUGCCCCUGGCCAUCGCCAUCUCCCUGGGCCUGGCGGCCGGGGCCUACAUCCUGGUGUCCAUGGUGCUGACGCUGAUGGUGCCCUGGCACAGCCUGGACCCCGAGUCGGCCCUGGCCGACGCCUUCUACCGGCGGGGCUACGGCUGGGCCGGCUUCAUCGUGGCCGUGGGAUCCAUCUGCGCCAUGAACACCGUUCUGCUCAGCAGCCUCUUCUCCCUGCCGAGGAUCGUCUACGCCAUGGCCACCGAUGGACUCUUCUUCCAGGUGUUUGCCCGCGUGCACCCCAAGACCCAGGUGCCGGUCAUCGCCAUUGUCGUGUUCGGAAGCCUCAUGGCGCUGCUGGCCCUGAUCCUAGACCUGGAGGCCCUGGUCCAGUUCUUGUCCAUCGGGACGCUGCUGGCCUACACCUUUGUGGCCGCCAGCAUCAUCGUUCUUCGCUUCCAGAGAGCGCCGGCCCCCAGCUCGCCCCCGGGCCCAUCCAGCCCAGGCCCACCCUCCAAGCAGUACGAGUCCUUUUCUGACAGGCUGCAGCUGGUGGGGGUCACGCAGGCUGAGGUUGCUGAGCCAGGCCAGCUCAAGCUAGCCUGGCGACGCUAUCUGCCCUUCCUGAGCACCCGCUGUGGCUCGGGGGCCUCUGUCACCUGGGCCCUGGGGGGCCUCAUGGUGUCCGCCUUUGGGCUCAGUGGCGUGCUUCUCUUUGGGGAUUCCCCGCUGCACCUGCCCCGAUGGUGCUCCAUCUUCCUGCUGGUUCUCUGCAGCCUGGCCUUCCUGUUCAGCCUUCUCCUCCUCGGGGCCCAUCAGCAGCAGCCAAACCAGGAUACUUUCCAGAUCCCUUGGGUGCCCCUGACUCCAGCCCUCAGCAUCUUUCUGAACAUCUGUCUCAUGUUGAAACUGAGCUAUAUGACCUGGCUGCGCUUUGCGGUCUGGUUGCUGAUAGGGUUUGGCGUUUACUUUGGCUACGGAAUCAGGCACAGCAAGGAGAACAUGCAGGACCCUCCAGGUUCAGGCACUACCCGCUACGUGGUAUUCCCUAGCGGGAGCCUGGAGGGAACAGUGGAGACGGUGCAGCCCCCCAGCCAAGACAGCUCGGGACCUCCCCCCAGCGCCGACAGCCCGGGGAGCAGCAGCUGACGCCCACCGCGCCGUUCGGAACGGCCCUCACUGCCAGGGGCUGGCGGGCCCGGCCCCUCCUCCCCCAACCCUUCCACCUCUCUGCCAACAUCCUUGGAGCCUCCUUCUGAGCCGGAAGGAAGAAUACUGAGGGAGACGGUGUCCUCGCCCACCCACCUUCCCUGCCCUUUCCCCGGGCCCUUACAACAAGCCACGCUGGAAGUGGCCCAGAGCUGUCUGUCUCUAGGACAUGGGGGGGCGGAGGGCCAGAGGGAGCACCCAGAGGGGUGCCCUUGCUUGCAGUGAGUCACGAGGGCCUUUGAGGGCCCAGAAGGUGAGGAGGAGUUCGGAGAGCUUGGAGGUGAUUGAUGAUAAGCGGUCAGACGCUUUUCUUUGCCGGUGCUGUACACCAUUUAGACAGCCGGCACCCAUCAUUGGGCUAAGGGAAAAAUAUUAAUAACGAUAUCAACGACCCACACUGUACUUUCUCUCUUUGUUCUCCACAAACGUGGGGAUGGGGGCCCAGAAAAGGAAAGAUCCAGAUCUGGAGGGGCCGUCAGAGCCCGGGUUUCUCCGCUGGGAUUCGACCUCCCGGGUCUGGGAUCUCUCCGCAGCCUUCCCGAGGGCCGAGCGAGCGGCUCCAUGAACGAGCAUCGUUAAGCACCCACUCCGCCAGGCGCCCUGCAGCAGCCACCGGGGAUCGGCGCUGAAACAACGUCCGUUUGCUUCCGGUUUGCCCGAGGAUGAGUCGGAAAGGCUCCUUCCACGUGGCCCAGCCCGCUGUUCCUCCAGCAGCGGGCCCCAAAUCAGGUUGCAAAGCAUCCGGAAGGUUCCUCUUUUGGGUCGGACACCGGACUAGACGACGGGAAUAAGUCCCCAGAUCCCAAUCCUGCCCUCCAAUAAUCACUUUCUAAUGGGCUGGGCUGGUGGAUAAACGGGUGUAGAAACUGUGUACAAUAAAGAUGAGCACUCUGUGUGCAUGUGCAAUA